AUGUGGAUGUUGUCUAUAGUAGUCAUCACUGGAUUAUCUGCCUUGGUCUACGCUCAGCAAUUCCCUCCAUUCCCGCAGACGAUAGCACAACCUUUCGCUCAGCAACAAAUCGUUCAGCAACUGAACGCUCAGCAACAGUUUCAAUCGUUUCCAUGGCAAUUUUCAGAAUGUUCAACACAGUUUGGUGGACGAUGUUCAAGUUUUUGUUACACUGGAGAACAGCCAGCUCAUCCUUAUUUCUGUUUUUAUGGCAUGGCUCAAUGCUGUAUUCCAGUAGCCAAGAGUUGUAGCAGUGUUGGCGGUACAUGUCGACUAUCUUGUGGUGCUGAUACACCCUCGACAGAUACAACAGUGGUCUGUAAUGGUCAACAGUAUUGUUGUAUGCCUAAUAACAACACUUCAACUACACCGUCAACGACAACUGGGUCAGUUUCACAACGACAAGGGGCUUGUGGAGCAGCAACACCGCUUAACAAUGUUCAGCCUCGUAUCCUGAAUGGUUAUACUGGCCGACAGUGUGAAUGGCCCUGGAUGGUAUCAUUUCGACAUCCUACUAAAGGCUUGUUCUGUUCCGGAGUACUCGUUAAUAAUGAUACUGUUUUGACGUCUGGUCGCUGCGUUGUCAACGCUCCUCUACAAGAGAUCAAAGUCCAUGCUGGAGAUUUUAUCACCAGUAGACCUGAUUUCCAGGAAUCUGUGUAUUCUGUAAAUAGUAUUGAUAUAAUGGAGGGUUAUAACUUCCAGGUCAAAGGUAAAAAUCUAGCUGCUGUAAAACUAGCAUCACCUAUAGUGUUUGACCAGUGUAAGAGACCAGUUUGUUUGGUUGAUAAAUCCAUACCUCUAAAACCCAGUACUAAAUGUUACAUAGCUGGCUUCGGCGCGACAGAAUAUGGGCAACCACCAGCACUUCAAGCAGCAGAUGUAACUCUACUGGACAGGAAUACCUGUCAGACAUAUAUUGCCAUGGCAACGGGUGAAACAUUGCCCUCAGAUGUCGUCUGUACCAACACUCAGCUUGAUAAUACAGAUGCCUGUCCCGGCGAUGACGGUGGGAUGUUGGUUUGUCCUGAUGUAAACAAUCGAUGGUCUCUUGUUGGUAUUAUCACCUACUAUUCCUGUAGCCGCCUACCAACAUUAUACACUGAUAUAUCUACCUAUUCUGAUUGGAUAUUACAACGAUUGUAG